UGUUGUUUCAGUUCAAAGGUAUCAUUUUUCUUAAAAAAAACGUUCCUUUUUAAGGUUUUUUUUCUUUUCUUUUGAUCUCCUUCAAAGAAAGUAAAAGGUGAACUUUUCUGUUUUUGUUCUUGAUUUAUGUCUGGUUUAUGAGAAUUGUGUGGUUUGUCAUAGCCAACUGUAAGACAGUGUAAAACCCAAAUUCAUUGCUGCUCUUCGGCAUUUCCUCACUGUUCAAAAAUCAAGGAGAUUCAUCCUUCAGGCUUCAUGCAGAGCCAAGGGAUGGCAGCGAAGAGUCAGAAUUGCAGAAUGAUGGAGAAACACAAGUACUGGAAAGAAUUUCAGUCCAACAGGCACCAGUUUUUCAAGAUAAUGAUUGGUGAUUUUAGAAAUCAACUGAGGAUACCCAGAAAGUUUAUGAGCAAUUUCCGGGAAAAUUUGUCAGGGACUGUAUACCUUAGAGGUCCAAGUGGAUUCAUGUGGGCUGUAGAAGUUCAAAGAAUGUUUGAUGAUGUAGUUUUCGGAAACGGCUGGCAAAAUUUCGUGAAAGACCAUAGUUUGGCUGAUGCUGAUUUUGUUGUUUUCCGCUAUGAUGGCAAUUCAACUUUCAAUGUAGUUAUAUUUGAUUUAAGUGGCUGUGAACGAGAAGGGUCAUACUUUGUGAAAAAACAUACGAGCGCCUGCUCAAAUGGCAGAUUUGGUUUUCGAAGGGAAGAUGGAGAGGGCUCUGAAGAAGUAAUAGACUUGGACAAAGUCCAUGAAAACCAUAUGCAAAAAGAGAAGCUCACCAAGGGAAAUGGAAACACAAGUUCAAAAGCUGUUGACACCAUCUCUCAAUUGAAGGCAACACAGGAAAAGCACCUGCGAGUUGGAAAAUCAGCUAUUGCUAGCGAGGUAAUUGAAAUACUGAUGGAUGAAUCAGAGGAAUCCUCAGGGAGUGCAAUGGAGGCCAGUGAAGAUUGGAGUAAUAAGUCUGUAUCUUUGAAGUGCAAAUCAAAAACAAAACAAGUUGGUUGCUUAACAAAUGAUUCAGGUAAAAUGAAAAGGCCACUAGAUUUGCCAGGAUCAUAUAACGUGUAUUUCAUAUCAAAGAGACGAGAGAUAACAGAGGAGGAGAAGCAAAGACCCCGUAGAUUGGCCAAGCAUUAUUCAUCUACUAGACCCUCGUUCAGCAUUGUUAUGAAGCCUACUCACGUUUGCAGGGCUUUUACAGUGAAUAUUCGUGAAAAAUGGCUAGACAUGCACAUCCCUGAUAACGUUAGAAUAGCUCUGCUGAGAGUCCCUCCAGAUGAGAAGAGAUGGCCUGUAAGAAUCAUGCGCACCAAGUGGAGAAGAGGUUUUACAAGGGGAUGGGCUAAAUUCGUCUUGGAUAACAACUUGGAAGAGCAUGAUGUUUGUGUUUUUGAGCUCAGUGAGGAAGGCAAAGCCAACAAGAAAAGCAUAGGCUUUAAUGUUGUGAUAUUUCGAGUUGUGGACGAGAUUGUCCCCUUGACACGGUUCUCAAAUACUCAACCAAAUGCUUCAGAUUAGAGAGAAAGGACUGCUUAAUUAUGAGGUUGAUGUGUGUGUGUGUGUGAGUGUAGAAGUAGCUUACUCGUUUAGGAUAACUCUAAUGGUACAAAUACUGUAUCUGGUUUAGACUUAGAAAUAUAUAAUGACUACCACCUAUUCCUUUGA